CAACGCAGACAACACAUUCCAACCAUGCCACUGCCUUUUAUCAUCUUGACAGACGAGCGGAAAGUAGGCGCAGAUACGCGGAAGCUCAUCAGGAGCCAUGUCAUGCGUGGGAAAAACAAAGGAAGAUCACUGAAAAAAUCCCCAAAAUCCGCCCCCGUGGAUAGUCCGAGCGUAUUGUCCUCUACACCAGUGGCCGAUGGGCUCAGGGCGCAGUGUCUUUCGUCCGAGUUCGUGGUCCCUAGACCCAUUUGCUCCGAGAUGGUGACGCUGCCUUUUGCCGACACCGCUGAGCCCUCGAUGAUCGCAGACAUGAUAAGUUUCAUUUCUAUGUCAUCCCGGGCCAUGUACCAAUUAGAUGAUUGCAUCAUGAUUGAUAUCGGCGGCAUGCUUGAUGCAUGGUUCGCACCUUUACUCACAGACGCAGCAUUCUUUAACGGUGUGUGUAUGACAGUGGGAGCAUAUCUCAGAGAAAGUCUAGGGAGGCGGCAUAGCUCAGAGACCCAGCAGGCAGAUCACAUACAUUAUGCUAAAACCAUCAGAAUGCUCCAGGCACGGAUUACGAGUGAAGACGAUGAAAUCAGAUUGUCGGACACCACAAUAAUGACAGUGCUAUGUAUGCUGGGUCAUGCAUAUACAUCAGGGGAUCUUGUCACUGCCGAGAAACAUUGCCAUGGACUACUCAAGCUUGUCAGUAUGAGAGGCGUGAAAAGUCUACUCCGGAAUACGAGGCUGUGUGUGGAAAUUAUACGCUGCGACUUGUACACCGCAAAUGAUAGCAUGUCUACCCCCAUUCUCCUGACCCUAAAAAAUAUCCCAUGGCCUCUGCGAUCAUACGAUAUUCCUAUGCAACAAAUGAGUUUGACUGCGCUGUGUCAGAGAUUUGACCCCGAGCUCGCAGCAAUAUGGGUCGCUAUGGCUGGGUUCAGUGCGCAAGUCAACGCCGCAUCACAUGAUGCAGGACCCCGGAUAAGCGAAGAACAUUUCCUAGAAUCCAUGACUUCCAUCAUGUACCGCCUACUUCUCCGACGUUAUCCGAUAGGCAGCAUAGAUGAGGCCUUUCGGUUGGGCCUUAUUGCUUUCUCGAGCCCCGUUUUUCUUCACUGGAAUCGAGUGGAGCUUCCAGAUGAGAAGUUCAUUGCUGCAUACCGUCAUGCGAUAAUGUCUCUCCGCCUCAAAUCCACAAACAUCGAACCCCAUGAACUGGUAUGGCUGUUAAUGGUGGCUGCUGUGUCAAAAGCGCACGAGCUGAAGAGCCUGGAAUGGCUUAUUCCAUGGCUAAAAAUAAUUCUGGAAACCUGUUAUGUGCAAACAUGGUACGAUCUCAAGUCCAUGCUGCACCGCGUUAUGUGGAUAGACCUUGUGUACGACAGUGUUGCGCAAGAUAUGUUCGAUACAGUUAUGAAGAGAGAGGCGGGCGAUCUGCGAUCGUGA